UUUGUGUAUGCGUUGCCAUGGUGACCCGGAAGCAAUGCUCCGGCUCGCAGGACGAGAAAUUGACGCUAAAACCAUUACUAGUCCAUGGAAAACUUUCGAGAACGAAGCAUUAGCUAAUAAUUUAUGACGAGUGAGUUUACUGACACUAUAACGACCAAACUCCAUGCGCGGAAGCGUUGUCCGGCGGUGGCUAGCGAGCUAAUAACGGCCCAGACAGCCAUUAUAACGCACGAACAAUAACAAUGGACGCUAAUUCGUUAUCCUACUCGUUGGAGCUGGUUGCGGGCAGCGGGUGCAUUUUAAACACCGAGCAAAGGGCAGCUCUACAAACGUCACUGAUUAUUUUGAAGAAAAACUACAAGUUCAAUCGAGUGUUGUUUUGGGGCAAGAUACUCGGUUUAAAGGAGCACUAUUUCAUCGCUCAGGGGAGAAGGGCUGACGAGCUUAAGGACACGCAGCAUUUCUACAGCUUCAAUUGUAUCGACUGGUUCCUGAUCCCCACGACCACGGCUGAAAUGAUCACGGACGUGUCCAAAACAGCAAAGGGUCGAUUCGAAGGCGACCCAUCAUUCGUGUACGAGUCCCGACAACAAGCAGAAAGACACGAUCCUUCGGUGGAGGAAUCGACAACCAAAGUGACGGAGGAGACGAGGCUGGCUGUGACAGUUCACCACAUCAACGAGGAAGCCGCCGUGGUGCCGCGGGGCGCCUUCAUCAACAGCACGCACGGCAUCGUCCAGAUUAAUCGCAGCUUUGGCGGUCUCUCCUACACCCAGGCGGGGAAACUUGAAAAUUUUCUUCACUUCUCCCAGCCCAAGAACUUAAAAAAGAAAUCCCUGUGGGAAAUGGCCGAUUUGAACCCUGCUUUGGACUUCCUGGAUCCGCUGAGUGAGGACAUUCCAAAAGGAUCGUGGAGUCUUCAGUUUGAGAGUGCCAACAAAGUAUGCGUGAUUCGCAGCUUGUUGUGGUUGGGCCUGACCUUCUAUCACGUGCCCAUGACGCCACUGCACGGGUUCAUCUACAUCGGCUACGGGACCAAGAAUUUGGACCUACCGUUCAUGCUUUAAAAGAAAGGUGUAGCGUUCUGUAUGACUAAAUGUAUUUGUCUUAUUGUUUCAUUCAAUUUGAAUCAUUAUAAAAACAAUGAAAACAAAAUCAA